AGCAGGAGCGCCCGACUGUUUUUCCUCCAACACCCGAACUUUGAUGUAGUUUGUCAUUUGGCGUCGCAGGACUGUAACAUGUUUUAGUUUGGUGUGUAUCACUUUUUUAAAACGACCUUUGGGACAUUUCAUUGACCGCCGCCGGACGGUGGUAACCGGCUCGCUGCUAGCUAACAUUAGCAAUGACAUUGACAGCUGAGAGCAGGUCGAGAUGAAAUUUAGAACUAGUUAGGAAGUGUUGUCAUGGUCCUCUCAUUUCUGGUUUGACAUGAACAUUUGCAGCCCUCUUAGAUAGCAAGCAGCUGUACUGACAGUCUGUAGGAGGACUCGUGUUACCUGUGAGAGCCAUGGCUUUACUUUGUGGGAGCCUUUUAUUAAGGAGCAGCAGAUUCUGUUCUCUCUCCACACGUCUGACACGAAACUUCCAGGUCUGCAAACAAGCUGGUUGUCCCGUUAAGAAGAAAGGCUCGGUGUCUCCUGCAGUGUUAGACUCUGUCCAUCUCAGAGCCACCAGAACUGGAGCAGCUUUUUCAUUCUGCAGCAAUGUACGGACCCUGCGUUUCCAGAUAUGUCUGAAAAGCAGUCCCCCUCUCUCCAGUGGUCCUGUCCUGACGCACUGUGGACACCAGAUACACACCUCAGCCUCCCGGAGGGCCCUGCCUGCUCCUGUCAUAUGGAUCAUCCUCAAACCUCUGCAGAAGCUUCUGGCUAUAAUACUGGGCAGGAGUUUAAGGAAGUGGUGGGUGGCUCUACCAGACAACCGCCGGGAGCUCAUGCGCCAAUGGGCCUGGCAGCGCCGCUGGCAUCUGGCAGCGGGGGCAGGCGUUGCUAUGGUGAUUGUAGCCCUCCUGCUCCUAACCCACCUGGAUGAGUCUCCAGUGACAGGACGGACCCGCCUCCUGGUGUUCAGCAGAGAGAACUACAUGGAGCUGGCAGCUCUGACUUCAGAGGCGUACAUGGAGGAGUUUGCAGAGCUGCUGGUUCCAGUCACUGACCCCCGUCACCAGGUGGUGGACUCGGUGGUGCAGCACCUGGCACAGAGGAACAAGGACAUCCCUGAAAUGUCUGAAGUCAGCUGGACUGUCCAUGUGGUGCAGAGUCCCACAACCAACGCUUUUGUCCUGCCAAACGGGAAAGUAUUCGUUUUUACGGGAAUGCUGGAAGCUGUGGCAGAUGUUCAUCAGCUCACUUUUGUCCUGGGACAUGAGAUGGCUCAUGCCUUAAUUGGACACUCUGCAGAACAGGCCAGUCUGUCUCAUGUCGUGGACCUCCUGUCUCUUAUUCUGCUGACAGCCAUCUGGGCCAUGUGUCCUCGAGACAGUGUGGCACUGCUGGGACAGUGGGCACAGGGCAAGCUUGCAGAGCUGAUGUUCCAACGUCCCUACAGUCGGAGAUUGGAGGCUGAGGCAGAUCAAGUUGGAUUGCAGCUGGCUGCUAAGGCGUGUGCAGAUGUGCGAGCAGGCCCUGUAUUCUGGCAACAAAUGGAAAUCAGAGACCAGCUGACAGGAGAGCCCACUUUCCCCGAGUGGCUGUCCACACAUCCAUCGCACAGGAACAGAUUCACUCAGCUGGACCGUCUCGUACCACAGGCUCUGGAGUUGAGGGAAAGUUGCGUCUGCCCUGCUCUACCUGCCACCGACCCUCGUGUUGUCUUCUCCAAGAGCGUCCGUGUGUUGCUAGAAAAUGCUAAGAAACAGGCUGGAGGAACGCCAGAGAGGGCACGAAAACCCCAGCUGCCCCACAGCCCCACCUCACUCCCCGCAGGACUGCCUGCAGCAUUGCUUGCCCAAAGUGUACCUCCUCCUUCCCCAAAUGUGGAUCAGUCAAGCAAAGGCCUGGUCUCAACUGUAGCAGCCUCUGUCCCCAACACUGCAGCGGGAGAAGGAUCCCAGCACGUAUUGCAGAGCACCAGCUGACAGGGAUGUUAAAAUCCUCCCAAACUUCCUUCAACCAACUUGACUGACUUCCCCGCGGUAGUCAUUGCUGCUAAAAGCCUUUUACUUCUUUCCUAUUAAAUUUCAGAGCCGCUGGGAGCGCCGGUGGUAAAGGGGUUAAGUUCACUAUGUGCCGUCACUGCUGAGGCUCCUACUGAUUGGUCAGGAUGCCUUCACAAUGGAGGGUGGAGCUAGGGGAUGUGAGAAGAAGUGUCUGGGAUCAUUAUAAAUAGGAAAGAAUGAGGUAAAAAGUCAGCAAAAAUAAAUAGAGAAUCUUACCCAUGCCUAGUGACUACUUAGAUGCCUUUUUAAUUAGACAACCUUGAGUCGGAAAUGCUGAAUUAAUUAGUAAAGCUUCCAUACAUUGUGAGAUUAAUAUGUGCAUUAUUCAUUGACACAUGGCAACAGACGAGAGUAAGCACUUAUGUGUGCAUGUUGAAGGCUGUGUCCAUGGCGGGCAGAGGACAUCUACAUUCUCAUUAUGACUACUGCAUUCUCAUGCCACACACACAGCACUUUAUGCAUUUUCUAGCCUGAGGGACUUAAUGGUGUAAAUUUAUGCUGGGUUGUUUGCAGGCUUUAAAACACAGCCCUCUGCACAGGAAUGCCAAUAUCAACCGUCAAGCUCAGAGAAAUCUUUCAUGGGAUUUUGUAAAAUCUUAUUUAACAAGGCAAGUUGACUGAGAAAACAUUCGUAUUUACAGCAACAGCCUGCGGGAGCAGUCGCACAAUAAAGAGGGGAGGGCAGUUAUGGUUCAAAUCUUGGUAAUCUUUUAUGUGUGUGUGCUGAAGUAAAGUAGCACACUUGGCUACACUGUGAAAUCAAAUGCUACUACUGUGUUUUCACUGGUAAUAAAUGUAUCUUAUUUUCGCCAUGCUUUUUUAGGUGUUGAGUGCAUAUCAGCACACACAAAAAAAAAAUCCACCAAGAGUUGUACACCUGCUGUGGAAGCUUUACUUUAGUGCCGACAGGGUAGGUCUAUAUUAGAGUCUGUGUCUAUAUUAGAAUAAGUGGUCCGUUAUUGGUUUUGUGCAAAACAGUGCAUUGAAAAGCCAAGGGAAUAUUGGUUUUUGCAUAUCAAUAACUCAGCAGAAACGUGCUCUGUUUUCAAGCAGCAAGUGGAAAAAAUAAAACCUUUUGAGGAAUAA